AAGCGAAAGUUUGGGGAGUCCGGGGGGCAGACGUCGAGCUUCUCUUCUGUCUCUGCUCGUUUUUCAGCUCGGUUCCGACCUUUGGGUCCUCAGAGGGGGGCAGAUAUUUGUCCUGUGAAGCCGGAGGACCCCGCCUGCUGUCACACCGUCCUCUCAGCAGCAGCAUGCCGGACGUCAGGCUGUGCCUGGAGGCCGUCUCUGCGCUCCUGGGCUGCAGAGCCGAAGCGACCACCGGAAGCUCCCAGUUCACCCCGCAAGACCUGGCCAACGUCGUGGCCCUCAAAGAGUUUUACAAGCAGGAGGGCUUUAAAGAGCUGGAGUACCCCAGCUUGGGGACGCUGUCUCUGCACGAGUUAGACGAAGCCGACAUGUACAGCUCCCCCCCGGCCCUGGAGGCGCCUCCGGACAGAUCCCAGUUCACUGUGGAAAUCAACACGGAGAACUUCUUCCAUCCUCAGUACGACUACGACUUCACCAACGUAAAGGAUGGAGAUAAGAAGUUCACGCGUGGUAACGAGCAGUACGUCCGCCCCUGCGGGUGGAACCGCGUCGCCCUGCGGGUCGUGCAGAAGUACAGCGACGGGGACAAGUGGCUGGGGACGGGGCGGGACGCCUGGCCCGUGUCCUACCAGGGGAAAAACAUGGACGGCUCCCUCAUCCUGACCCACGGCGGCAAGCCCGACGACCAGCCACAGUUUCUGGAUGCCGCCGCCGCCUCUUUGUUAACGGAAGGGACGAAGGGCCGAGGGGUGUACUCCACGCCGGACAUCAGGAUCGCAGAGAAGUACUGCAAGAAGUUCAAGUCCGGAGUGGACGGGAAGACGUACCAGGUGGUCCUCCAGAACCGCAUAAACCCAGAGAAAAGGAAGUCGUGCCAGAGGCAAGGCGUCUGGUUGGUGUACAUCCCCGAGGACAGCAGCGACGUGAGGAUGAGGGCCAUCGUGCAGGAGUCCAUCCGCCCGUACGGGCUGCUGCUGAAGCAGGUGUGAUGCAGCUGUAACGACCUGCCGUCACUUCAGCUUCAGGAUUUUCACAUUGUUAACAAAACACUGAGAACAUGCUUCAAAUUCCCACGCGUGGGACUAAUACAGGUAUCUUAUCUUAUGCUUACUCCGGGCUCGUGGGAAGACGGGCUCCUGAAAGCUCUUUAUUGGGAGGGUGUGGGAAUAAUAAGCAGAGGUCACAGUAUCGUCUCUUUAUCCUCACAGUUUAGUAAAAAUACGACUGUCUGAUCAAACCUCUCUGAUCCGAGCUGCCUUUGAGUCUCCUCACAGCUCCGAAAAUUCCACAAAUCACAACAUUAGAUCCAAACCCCCAUUAAAUAAUCUAUCAUAUCAAACACAGGAGGCGGGAACUGGCAGCACGGUUAGCGGCGUCCUGCCUCACGCUGGGAUCCUUUCACUCGGUGUCAGGGUUGGAGGUCAGACCUCUGAAUCCCAAACUUCUUCACAUUCCUAGUUUUUAAGACUCGAUAGUGAGGCCGGAUCAGAGGGGCAGACACCUGUCAGUCACAGGUGAGCGCACACACACCGGCUUUAAGAUUUUACUAAUUAAACUUCAUGUUGUUAUUUUUAAUAAGGCUAAGAUACAAUAGAUGGAUCCAGCAACGACUGCAGGUUUCAUUUUUCGGACCUCAGAGCUACAUCCAGGUGUGUUUCCAGUAUAGGCUGAGGGUCGUCUGCAGAGACGCUGAAACUGCUGAUAAUAAGUGGCAUUAGUUUGAAUUCUCGUCCUGUUUUCCUUCCUGUCUGAUCAGCAGCACUGGAUCCACUCUUUUAUUUGAUGUGUCAGAGAUGGAGAUGAUUUUGUUUCAGUGUUGUUCUUAUUUCAUGUAUCUGAAAAUGUUGCUGUGAGGUGUGACGCCACAGGUCUGAUGUUUUUCAUGGCAUCAUUUUAAAUGUAAGAAUGUUAAUGAUAAAGAAUCACUUAUGUUUAGCUUGUUCGGGGUCUCCACACUGCCAUCAGCUGUGAGAACAGACGUUGUCCUUGUACAUGUGAAUUUGAUUUGUUUGAAUGGAAUUAAACUGAGA